AUGUCACUGAGAAUGUGGGCUUCUUCUACAGCAAAUGCUCUCAAGCUUUCUUCUUCUGUCUCCAAGUCUCAGCUCUCUCCAGCUUUCUCCAUCUCCAGAUGCUUCUCCUCAGUGUUGGAUGGAUUGAAGUAUGCAAAUUCACAUGAGUGGGUUAAGCAUGAAGGCUCUGUUGCCACUAUUGGCAUCACUGACCAUGCUCAGGACCAUUUAGGUGAAGUUGUGUUUGUGGAACUACCAGAGGAAAAUGGUUCAGUGAGCAAAGAGAAAAGCUUUGGAGCAGUGGAGAGUGUGAAGGCGACAAGUGAGAUCUUAUCACCAAUCUCAGGUGAAGUCAUUGAAGUUAACAAGAAGCUAACAGAAGCACCAGGCUUGAUCAACUCAAGCCCUUAUGAAGAUGGAUGGAUGAUCAAAGUGAAGCCAAGCAACCCCUCAGAGUUAGAAUCUUUGAUGGGUUCAAAGGAAUACACCAAGUUCUGUGAGGAAGAAGAUGCUGCUCACUAGGAGGGUUUUUAUCUACUUCUUUUUUUUUUUUUUUUUGACAACGUAUCUACUUCAAUGUUCCAGAUAUUAAAAAAAAAAUCUUUUUAAAGUAUAUCAGUAUUUAUAUUUUCAUAAUCAACACACUGAUGAAUCUAUGGUUCGUUGGAAUUUUUAUAUCACAAAACAUAUUUUGUACACCAG